UUACCGCCUAUAAACAUGGGGAAGCAGGCACCUCCUGAGCACCCCAGCAGCGGCACCCACACGGCUCCCGUCUCUGCCCCAGGACACAUCCACCUUCUUCACCCGGGACCCCACCCGCUCCCCAAACCCGAGAUGUUCAAGGAGCAGCACGAGGUGACCAACCUGGGGGCUCCCCAGCACUCGGGGCCGGUGAUGUCCACCGUGGUCCACGUCCCGACCGACACGGUGGUGCCCGACCACGUCGUGUGGUCCCUGUUCAACACCCUCUUCUUCAACUACUGCUGCCUGGGCUUCGUGGCGUUCGCCUACUCCGUGAAGUCUAGGGAUCGGAAGAUGGUGGGAGACGUGAUUGGGGCGCAGAGCUUUGCGUCCACCGCCAGGUGCCUCAACAUCGCGACCCUGGUCCUGGGCAUCCUGAUGACCAUCGGACUCAUCGUUCUCAUGUCCCUUGUGCUCCCGCUAUACACUCAGGCGCUGGCGCAGGGCAUGGGGAACCGCAGGGGCUACUAGUCACUGUCACGCAGGUGCCACUGCGUCCACCCACCCUCACCCCCGCCGGCCUGCCCGGGCACCCGCCCCUUCCUUCAUCCUGCACCUGUCACACACCUGUCAGCAGCUGAGCUCAAUAAAGUGCACCUGUACGUGAC